AUGAAUGCGCUGCAAAUAAACCCGGGUAAAAUAUUGAUCGACGACACCUUCGUUCGCGACACCUCGCGCGCGGUUUCGACGUAUUGGUUCCCCAAUCGAGCGCAAACGCUGGAGGCGGCGUAUAAAAAAAAGUGGUUCGCCACGGACGAUACCGUGACUAUCGUGGACGAAGAGAUACGCACAAGGUUCGCCGAUAUCAUCCAUGCCUUAGAACUCGCGGUUGAUGGCGACGAUAUCGAUCGAACGCGUGUUUUGGGCGCGCACGCUCGGUGGUUGCAAGCGCCGGCGACGACGGCUGCACUCGUGGUGCUGUUGGACCAGUUCAGUCGCCACGUGUAUAGGAACAGAGACGAUCGAGACGCGAAAGUCAAGGUAAACGAUACCGUAGCUACGAUAAUUGCCGAAGACUUGCUCGAUAACAAGCGCGAAUGGUUGGUCGAGCUUACAGUACCCGAGCAGGUGUUUGUGCUCAUGCCAUUUCGUCACACCCAAAAGAGUUGUCCUCGCCUGUUGCGAUGCUUGGACACGAUCGACGCCCAUGUAGCGAUGGAGAGUGAGAACAAGGCGUUGUUGGAACGGUUUCGUAAAACCACGCUGCGUUGUUACCAGGAUUUACAAGGUAAGCAGCACAAGGCUGGUGAUAAUAUUUUAGAACGAGAAGAGUUCACGCCGACGGAGGGUGUCAUGACGGCGAUGGCCUCGCACACACUGUACAAAACCAUAGAAGCGUUUAUGCGCGAUAGAAUGAGUGAAUUUGGGAACUCAAUAGCCGUUUCGCUGAGUGGAGGCGUGGACUCCAUGGUCCUGGCGUAUAUUCUCAAGCAUCAAGGGUACGACGUCGUGACGCUUCACAUCGAUUACAAGAACAGGCCAGAGAGCACGGAGGAGGCUGACUUCGUCGAUGAUUGGAGCCUGAGACAUGGCAUGAAAUUCGAGAGAUGUACAGUGGAUCAAAUUAGACGCGGAGUCACGCCGAGAGAGCAAUACGAGAUCGAGUCGCGGAGAAUACGAUACGGUUUCUACAAGGAAGCCGGGGCAAAGCAUGGCUUUCCCGCCGUAUUGCUUGGACAUCACCACGGAGACGUGCAGGAAAAUAUAAUCACCAACUUGAUGCGUGGAGCGAAUUUAUUAUCAGUAAAUGGGAUGAGUGACGAAGGUGUAGUGGAAGGUGUUCGCAUUUGGCGUCCGAUGCUCUCCCAUGUGAAGGAUGACGUUCUGACUUUUGCGCACGCUUAUGGCAUUCCGUAUUUCCUAGACUCGACGCCGACUUGGAGUACGCGAGGAAAGCUCCGAAAUCAGCUCGUACCUUUGCUUGAAGACAUGUUUGGGAUUGGUUUAUUGAGGAACCUCAGCGUUAUUGGUGAGAAUAGCGAGCAGCUUUCUGAAAUGGUCGAUAAAUCUCUCUUCAAACCUUUUUGGGACGCUACAAAGUCGAGCGACGUGGGCUGUUACGUUGAUUGCGAACCAUUCAUUUCCCAGCCUAUAUUCUUCUGGAAACAAGUUAUUCGCGAAACAUGUCAUGGUCUCGGAGCGAGUAUGAUGAAAGAUCGCUCUGUACGCUUGCUAUUGGCCCGAAUCAAGAGAGAAAGAUCGACAAAAGAUGGUUGGUUGUGUUUAAAGAAGGAGAACGCGACUUUCAUGCACGGCAAUACGUUUGGUAUGUUUACAACAGAGUUUAUGCCUAGGUCUGAUACCAUCGUGCCUGGAACGCCCAUAGUCGUGAGCUCCAGUGGAGCAUCUUUCGAUAUCGGAAAUUGGCAUAUCGACCUCGAAGUGGUGUCGAACGUGAGCGUCGACGGGAAUCAGUGCCCUUUGGAGGGCCCCGCAAUAACUGUGUGGAACGUGCUCGAGAACGAUAUUUCCUACCACAUUCCGUACAAGGACGGAACCAAUUCAUACGUCAUAGAUCCAGAGAUUAGAUUUCCCCCGACACAGAACCUGGAUACCGCGGUACGGGACGCGCUCCCGCUUGUCGUCCCCUCGGCGCUGAGUUUCGCCCACCUGCCUAAGGAAGACAGACCACCUCGCAAGGCGAACCGUUGGGACCGAGCGAUGAUGGAGCUCCCGACGUGCGUUAAAGUGACGCUUAAGUUUAGGAGAACGAAGCUCUACGUCGUCUCAAAUGACGACGACGACGCGUCCUGA